UAUGGAUUAUUAGAAACAUCUAAAGAUACUGAAAGAGACCUUGGAAUAACAUAAGAUUACUCCAGAAAACUUAAGAGAAAAAAGAAAGUCUUUCAAAGAGUUUCCAAAACAAAUAAAUAAUAGAGUAGUUGAUGCCUUUUAAUCAUUUGCACCUUUUGAUAGAGCACCAGUAUGGAUGAUGAGGUAUAAUUUAUUAAUAAUAUAUAUUAUAGAUAAGCUGGUAGAUAUUUACCUGAAUAUAGAGAAAUUAAGGCAGAAAUGGAUUUUUUUGCUACUUGUCAAAAUCCAUUUAUUGCUGCUGAAAUCACUUUACAACCAACUAAAUAAUUUGAAAUUGAUGCAGCUAUUAUCUUUUCAGAUAUUCUAGUUUUACCUAAAAUGAUGGGAAUGGAAGUAAGAAUAAUCUUAAGAAUAUUAGAUCACAAUUGAAGAAAAGAAAGGACCAGUUAUUGCAAAUCCAUUGGUUACUCCAGCUGAUAUUCAAAGGCUUCAUCCUCCAAAUCCAGAACAUUUAGAACAUGUUUAUGAUGCUUUAUUCUUAACAAGAUUGGCAUUACAAGGGAAAUGUAAUUUAAUAGGGUUUUGUGGUGCUCCUUGGACUGUCUUUGCAUAUAUGGUAGAAGGAGGGUCUAGUAAAUUAUUUACAAAAGUUAAGAAAUGGUUAUAUUUAUAUACAGAGGGAUCCUUAUAAGUUUUAGAAUUAUUAGCUAAAGAAAGUGCUAAAUAUUUAAUCAAUCAAGUUAAAUAAGGUGGUGCUUAAGUUGUAUAGAUAUUUGACUCUUGGGCAGGGUAUAUCUUAAUAUUUAAUAUAGUUAAAUUCCAGCAUUGGAUUACAUUGAAUUUAUUAUUCCUUCUUUAAGAAUUUUAUUUGAAGAUUUCAAGAAAGAAUGUCCUGACACACCUUUAAUUAUGUUUCCUAAGGAUUAAAAUGAUAAAAAGGUUAUCGUUGAAUUUUUAAAAUUGAUAUAUAAUGAUAAACCAUUAGUUGAUGGAUUUCAACUUGAUUCUAAUGUAAGUGAUGAAACUCUUGUUAAAAUUAUAGAAGCCAAUAGAACCAUAUAAGGAAAUUUAGAACCAGGAGUAAUUCUUAUUUAUCAUAUAUUUUUAGGUGUUAUUUGGAACUCCUGUAAUAAUAAAAAAAAGGAUCUCACAAAUGAUUGAGAAGCUAUAAACUACAAGGAGAUACAUUAUUAAUUUAGCACAUGGACUUACUCCAGAUCAUGAGGUCGAGAAAGUUAGAUUAUUUGUUUAAGAGUCUUAACGUUAAUCCAAAUUAUACAAAGCUAAGGAAAUUUUAGAAUGAA